AUGACGUCCCUUCGUACGGAGGAUGUUACAACCGUGGCAGAAGACAAUGAAGGACUGAAGCGCCUAUACAAAGAGCUGACUGGCUAUAAAGAAGCUGUGAUCGAAGAAAAUGGGAAAUGGUUGAGCACAAACGACAACAAAAUAUUAGUGAGAGGACCGUACGAUUUUACCACGGCAAUUGUGAUCAACUUGAGCGGUGGCGAGGGUAGUGUCAGCUUCUUCCGGGGCAAUGACCAUCUUCAAAGUUUCCCGACCUCCUCUAACCCAACGAUAAGGUCGAAAAUGGUGAUCCUAGAUAUUGGAUGCUAUUGCUGGUCGAUGAGAGAAGCUCUGGUGAAAGUGAUCAUGAAGCAGGAGUAG